UUCAUUUGAAGUGAGAGUGAGAAACUAACUCUAACUAACAGACCCAGCAUUCCUAAUGCUGGUCACGUUUUUAAGUCUUCCUCUCCUGAAUAUGGUAUGAUUCCGCGGCCAAACCCAUGCAUCGAUGACGAUGCACAUGAUUCCCUUGCACCGCCAUCCCCUGUUCCGUGUUUGUCUGGUGACCCUCGCUGGAAACAAGGUGGGGUCGGCAGGUAACCCCGGCACGAGUGCCCGGCCAGAUUGGGCCCCUGUAUUCACUCCACUGUACGAUCGACAGGCAAUGGGUGGGCAACAACGACAACUGCAGCUUCAGUUCAGGUUAUUUACUUUUUUCUUUUUACUCAAGAAGCCCGCAGUCUCAUAAUUUCAGAGACACAAUCAUUACGCUAGCAUCAAGCAUGUCCUUUGAAUAAACAGGGACUUUGCUCUGAAAUUACCUAGCACAACGUGAGGGGUUUGGUGUGAGAAAUGGCGAGUGUUGCGGUCCCCAUCUCGAGGACUCCCCUCCGGGGAUUGGCAGCUUCACUGCCGGCGCGGUUCGGGACCGGGCUCUCCCCCUGUAUGACAAACGGACUGAGAUUCUCAUCCACCUUUGUUGCCGGUGCGAGGCGGGCUCGGCCUACUGCUGAACUUGGGCGGAGGCGGCGAGAGACCGCAUGGACAAGAGGCUUCAAGCAUGAUGUCAAGGUAGGGGGUUCGGGGCGCAAGCCGCCCUCUUUUGCGUUUGCUUUUGAUAUCGACGGCGUUCUGCUUCACGUCGCCAAGCCGAUCCCCGGCGCUACUAGGGUCCUCAAGUUCCUGAACGACUACAACAUCCCCUUCAUCCUGCUCACCAACGGCGGCGGCAAGCACGAGACGGAGCGUGUCAAAGACCUUGAGGCGAGACUCGGCGUGCAACUAUCGACAGACAACUUUGUCCAAUCCCACACGCCCUUCCAGGAGCUGCUCGAAGGACCGAACAGCCUCCGUGACAAGACCGUCCUGGUGACUGGGUCCGACUACGAGAAGUGCCGCUCCAUCUUCAAGGAGUACGGCUUCAAGAACGUCAUCACCCCCGCCGACAUCUACGCCGCCGACCCGACCAUCUUCCCCUUCCAGCCCGCCGCCUCCUUCACCACCCCCUCCCAACCGCUGCCCAAACCCCUCUACUCCCACCCCGGCCCUCCCAACCCAACCCACCUCCCGUCCCACCUCCAAAUCCACGCCAUCUUCGUCCUCAACGACCCGCGCGACUGGGCCCUCGACAUCCAGAUCAUCACCGACCUGCUCCUCUCGCACGCGGGCUACCUCGGCACCUACUCCCCGCUCAACAACACCCCGCACCUCCCCGACCGCGGCUGGCAGCGCGACGGGCAGCCGGCCUUGUACUUCAGCAACGCUGAUUUGUUGUGGAGCGCGGGCUACCACCUGCCGCGGCUGGGGCAGGGCGCGUUCCAGGCUGCUGUGGCGGGGUUGUGGAAGCGGGUGACGGGCGGGGAGGGGCUGAAGAGGGGGUGUAUUGGGAAGCCGUACCGGGAGACGUAUCGGUUUGCGGAGCGGGUGCUGGCGGGGCAUCGGCGGGAGGUGGUUAGGGCGAUGGGGGGUGCUGCUGGGGUUAGUGGGGGUGGUGAGAGUGGUGGUGGUGACAGUGGUGACAGUGGGGUGGGGGCGUUGGAGAGGGUGUAUAUGGUGGGGGAUAACCCGGAGAGUGAUAUCGCGGGGGCGAAUGGGUAUGUUAGUGAGGAGGGGACGGAGUGGGUGUCGGUGUUGGUGAAGACGGGGGUGUGGAGUGAGGAGAGGGGUGGGAAGUUGGAGGGGGUGUUUAAGCCGAAGGAGGUGGUGGGUGAUGUGAUGGGAGCGGUGAAGUGGGCGCUGAAGAGGGAAGGGUGGGAUCAAGAAGGGAAGGGGAAGGAACUGGAUUGAGGUUGGGGUGGGAGUGGUAUUAUACGGGGUUAGUAUCAUAGGAGUAUACUUCGUACAUAGUUGUAGAAAGGAGGAAUAAAGACAAGAGGGACUUUGUAGAGCAAGACUUUUAGGGUUGAGGUAUUGGUGGUUCGAAAGUCAAAGUGUACUCGCUACACUUCUUGUUUAAUAAUGGGGGGUACUAUGACAGUCAUAGAUGUGUAGGAGGAUGAGGGGAUGAAGAUUCCGAGGGAUGAUUCUUUUGACUUACAGGACAGCUAUUCUGAAAGCAAUAUGAGUUAAGAAUUUGAACCUUCAACUAAUCAUCUGAUUGGCUUGGUGGUCUAGUGGUAUGAUUCUCGCUUAGGGAAAACCCUAUAGCUCUGCUUGCGAGAGGUCCCGGGUUCAAUCCCCGGCCAAGCC